GCGAGGGGGCUCGGCAGGAGGCGGAGGGAGGGCGGGGAGCGGCGGAGCAUCAUCUGGCGGGGAACGCGAGGGACCAAAUGACUGUGAGCAAGGGCGGGAGCCGCCACCGCCGCCGAGAGAGCAGCGAGCCGCGGCGCAGCGGCAGCGGCAGCCCCGCUCCCCCCGGCGGCGAUGGCGGCGGGCGGCGGCGGAGCUGAGGGGGCUGAGCGGAGCUGAGCCGGGCUGAGGGGAGCUGAGGCGGGCCCCCCGCCCGCGGGCGCCGCAUGGCGCGGGCCUGAUGUCGGAGCGCGGCCCGGUGCCGCGGCGGCGCUGCGGGAGCAGGAGGAGGAUGGCGGGGCUGCCGUGGAAGUGGCCGCGUACCCGCCUGCCCGUGGGCGCCAGCGCCCUGGGCGUCUUCGUGCUCUGCUGGCUCUACGUGUUCCCCGUGUACCGGCUGCCCGACGAGAAGGAGAUCGUGCAGGGGGUGCUGCUGCAGCAGGGCAAGGCGUGGAGGAGGAACCAGACUGCGGUCUCCCUGUUCAGGAAGCUGCUGGAAGAAUGCUGUGACCCUGGGCAGCUCUUUGCUAUGACAAAGAUGAAUUCCCCCAUGGGAAAGAACCUCUGGUUUGACGGGGAAUUUUUAUAUUCUGUCACAAUUGACAAUGCAACUUACUCUCUCUUCCCACAGGCUACUCCCUUCCAGCUGCCACUGAAGAGAUGCUCCGUGGUGGGAAACGGUGGGAUCCUGAAAAAGAGUGGCUGCGGCAAGCAAAUAGACCAAGCGGAUUUUGUCAUGCGGUGCAACCUUCCUCCUCUGUCCAGUGAAUACAGCAAGGAUGUUGGAUCCAAAACCCAACUGGUGACUGCAAAUCCCAGUAUAAUUCAGAAAAGGUUCCAGAACCUGCUGUGGUCCCGGAAAGCCUUUGUGGACAGCGUGAAGGUCUACAACCACAGCUACAUCUACAUGCCAGCCUUCUCCAUGAAAACAGGGACGGGGCCCUCCCUCCGCGUCUACUACACCCUGGAGGAUUUCGGUGCCAAGCAGGCGGUGCUUUUCGCCAACCCCAACUUCCUGCGGGACAUCAGCAAGUUCUGGAAGAGCAAAGGCAUCCACGCCAAGCGCCUCUCCACGGGGCUCUUCCUGGUCAGCGCCGCCCUGGGGCUGUGUGAGGAGGUGACAAUUUACGGCUUCUGGCCCUUCUCGGUGGACCUGCACGGGAAGUUCAUCAGCCACCACUACUAUGACAAUGUCCUGCCCGACUCCGGGUUCCACGCCAUGCCCGAGGAGUUCCUGCAGCUUUGGUUUCUGCAUAAAAGUGGUGUGCUGAGAAUGCAGCUAGAACCCUGUGAGGACCCUCUAAUCCAGCCUGCAGCCUGAGGAUCACAGGAGUCGGUCUGGGAGAUCCAGUGGUUUUUAAUUUCCGUGCUCUCCAGCAGAGAGCCCUGUUUUAUGUUGGUUGUUCUUAAAGGGAUCUGCAUGGACCGUAAAAACGCUACUUGAAGGCCAAAUGGAAUAUGUCCUUAUUGUUUAGUGCUUUAUGGAACUGGGAGGGGGUGAAAUGUAUCUCUCCAUCCAGUCCAUUCAGCAGCAGGGGGAAAACAAUGUCAGAAGCAGCACAGCUGAACUUUCCAGGGACGGUUGGAAGUGACAAGUGUAAAAAGGGCAUUAAGGCUCAGAGAGUCACCAGGCCACUCAUAAGCUUUUGCUGACAGUGCCAAAUAUGACUAUCUGUUCCAAAUUCCAUUUCAUUCCAGAUCAGCAUCCUGUAGAACUUUCCUUUCUCCGUGCUUUUUUCCUCUGUUUGAGGGUGUGUAUGUGUAGGACAACACGUGUGUGACAUUGACUCUUUGUUUCUUUUCCUUUUAUUCCUUUUUUUUUUUAAUGUGUCAUUUCCCCCACCCCCCCAUCCCCCUCCAAAGGAAGGAAAAGGAAGGGCUUAAAAGCCCAAGGAGCUGAGUACCAUCAGCUCCUCUGCAGACUCUGGGGAGAGUGAAGGUGCUAAGAGUCUGGUUAGAAUGUCAUAGGAAUGCCUUGCUCCUGGGGAUGGACAGACCUGUGCAUUGUAGGUUUUAUCAGGAUGGUUCAGGUCACUGCACUUACAGCUGUGCCAGUGCUGUGCUGUGGGCAAGAGCUGGUUAAGCAAACUGGUCUGAGAAGAAAACAUGUUACAAAACCAGCAGUGAAGUGCAGCCUGGUUUCAGUGACCCGCUGCAAGAUUUCCACAGUGACUUUCCUAGCAGGGAUGGCUCCUGACCUGUUUUGCUGUCCAGCCUUAGGGAUUAAUUCUGCAUUCAUUUGGACUCCAGAUGUUCAUGGACUGUUGAGGGUAUCUGAGGGGUUCAGUGGAAUGCAGAAUGAGGUUCUUCAUGUGCUUAUAGCAGGAAAAUUGCAGAAAUGAAUGUAAGUGUCAUUUAAAAUUAGUCGAAGCUUCGAAAAUCGUUUCUCUGCGUGUGACUUGCUCUUCUGCUUGGAUUGUAACAUUAGCCUUAAAGACUUGUACUUCUCACAUGAGAUUGGCUCUGCUUAAAGAGAGUCUGGGAAAUAAAACAGCCUUUGGGAGCACUGAAAAGCUGCACAGCCAGCAAGAAAAGGAAAAAAGAGCAGGGCAUGCCUGAUGUAAGGCAGCCCUGCUCACAGUGGUGAAUUCUGUUAGCGUUCACAGUGCCUGAAGGACUGUUUUAUUUUGGGUUAUUACUUGGGCAGCAGAUGGUCCUCUCACCGUGGAAAUGAGAAAUCAUUUUAUUUGUUUGCUUUGGUUUAGCACUGGAGGACAGGAGGAGAAUCCCAGCUCAGUCUGCAGUGCAAUUUAAGCUGCAAGAUGUUACCACCAUUAACUUGAAAAAUCCAGAUCAGUGUUCUCUUUGUUUUUAUCUCAUUACUGAAAAUCUAGUCAAGGUAUUGGAACAACAAAACUGUCUUCAGUUUUCCACAACAACUUCCUGUGCUGUUCUAGCUCCAAAGUUUUAGGGUUUUGGGGGAUGUGUCUUCUCAAGUGCUGAUAAAGUCUCUCUUUGUAGACUACCAGCUGUAAAUUCUACAGAUAUAAAGUAUUUUUUAAAAAGCUAAAUCCAUGGCUCUUCUUUAAAUAUGAAUAGUUCAACUCUCCGUGUAGGCAACUGGGGGAAAAAUAGUCAUGUUUUUCUUUUUAAACCUAUGUUUCAUAAUAAAAAUUUAUCUUUUGGAAUAUGGAUAUUCCAAGCAUAAAGUGGGCAGUGUUUCAUAGGAUUACAGGACAAUGCUAAAGGGUAAUGUGGAGAUUUUGGAGUGUUCUAGUCAUUGUUCUGAUAGAAUCUGAAUGUACCUCAUAGCCCAUGUUAUCUUUGGCCAUGCUUUCAUUAGAAGUACAGUCAGCACAAUGAUCACUUGAUAAUUGAUUCCAUUUCAUUGGUGCAUGAUCUAUGAUGUGCGGACUCAGUGGGGAGGGAUUUGAAAGUAAAAUAUUUUCCUUGCUGCUUCUUCUGGCAGAAUUUGACUGAGCUGCCUUACUUGGAGACGAAGAGGUGCCUGUAUGGUUUUUAUUGGGUGCAUCAAGUUUGCUCUUUUUAGUGCUUUAUAGAUUGCAUUAUCCCUGAAAAAAAAGUUGGAAUAUGAUGUGCUGAAAAUGGCAGUUCAGCAGGAUGGCAGCAUUUCCUUGUGAGCAGGAGGAAACAAGGAGAGUAGGGGGGAACUGCCUCUUUGCUGGUCAUCUUUUGGUAUUUUUACCAGUUCUUAGGAAUUCCCUUCUGAACCUCUCUUACAGCUCUCCAACCCCUUGGUAAUUAUUCGUGCCAUGUGUUGGGAAAAUAAUCGGAUUGGAAGAAAAGUGUUUUUGUAGGAAAACUCUGUCCAUAAGGUCUGGCUUGUUCAUGUUCAACCAGUGCCCUGGAUAUCUGGAGGUGUAUUCCCCACCUCUGUGAGACUGAACCUGAGGCCUUUGUGAGUCCCUUCUGGUGUCUGCAGUCCUGAUGUUUGCUAGGAGAGAGCUUCCAAGGAAUUACAGGGGCAGGAGAGAUCCAGGCUGUGUGUGACGUGUGGCUGAUAGUGGAGAAAUCUGUAAUUCUGGCUCUGUUCACAUUUAUGUAUAAUAACUGGCAAACACAGCACAAAGGCAACCACAUUUGAUGAGGAAAUAAUGGCUUCAAGGGUAAACAAUUUUCUAUAAAUUCCGGAAAACUGGCAGCUGAGCAAAAGAGAGAAACAAGAAUAAAUGCUGCUUUUGAGAGGCAAAGAGUGUUUCAGCUGACUUGCCAGCCCAUGGAAACAGUGGCCAGCAGUCAGCCUUUUGUCCAGCAGGUAAAAAGGGAUGCAGGAGAGCACUGCAAGUCUUUCAAGGCCAGAGCAGUCAGAAAGACAAAACCAAGCAGCUGGGAACGUUGCUUGUAUUGCUAUAUUUUUAGUGAAGUCUUAAUCUUAAUAUUUGUUAGUGAAAUUCCCUCUCUUUCCACUGCCAGUCCCUGAAUUUCUGGGAUAGUGUAGCUAAAGCUGCACAAAUCUGGCAGACUGAAAGCUACUGCAGUUCAUCUUCAAUAAAAACUGGUUCAGGCUGGCCAAAUGAUUUGUUAAUAUUCAUAGUUAUUAAUUUUAUCAUAGACCUAACAAGGGACAGGAGUGCUGGAAUAUUGCUCUGCCUGCAUAGGAAUCAUUGUCUCAUGUUUGUAAGGAGAAUAAAUUAAAUACCUUUACAAGAAAGGUAUGCACUGAAAUCCCUCUUGAUGCAAUCUUUCUGGGGCUGUAUGUGUUCUCGAGGAAAUCAAGACCCAUUUUUGAACUUGUGAAAAAACUGUGUAAAACUUUCCCUCCUUGUUGAUUAGGAAGCCUCUUGGAGCUCUUUCUAGAUCAGACAAGCAAAACAGAAACCAGCAAAGCAAAAUUCUAGAGAAGGGAGUGGGAGGUGUGCUCAUGAGAAUAAAAACAUCUCUAAUUUUGGCACAGACUGUUACAGUGCUAAGAACUCUGGCUCAUGAAUGUUGUAUUUUUAUAUUUUUGCUGGCAUGAAGAUAACAAGUUUGGUGUGAGGCAGCUACUAAAGUCAAAUGUCUGAGCCUCUGUUACAGCUGAAGUUUUACAGAAUGUGGAAAUAUGGGCUGAUUUUUUUGACUACUUUCAUCUUUUUGUUAUUUUCCUCAAAAUUCACGUUGUUAUCUAGGCAGCUGAGUUAGCACCUCUGUGAGAGCUGAAACUAAGCAAAGCAUCUGCUUUUUGAAACUCAGGGUCCUGAAAUGUGGGAGUUAUGGAAAACCAUUCCUGGAAACAGCUUCCUGAAUACUAACUUAAUAUCAGGCUCACCCUUGUCUGUAAUUAAAUCUUAAGGGAACUUUUGAUCUGGAGGUGAGGAAAAUGAAGGAGGUGGCAGCAGUCUCACCAUUUGCUGCCUCUCUGACUCUUCUUCAGCUUAAUAGAUUAGUAAGUAUUAGAAGAAAUCCAGGUUAUAGGAAGGACAAGCUGUUCUUUCCUGCCACUCCCAUCAAAACACAGAUAUAAAAUGGAAUAACCAGCUGCUAUCUUAAAUCAUGGUCCCCUUCAAAAACUCAUGUGGUGGAAUUUCCAUUAGCUGAUACUUCCAAGUGAGCAAAAUUCAUCAGGCUUUGUCCAGAAAUGCCUAUUUCCCAUCUCCUUGAUUGUUUGAGGGGUAUUCUCAGGGGUACUGCAGUGUAUUGUGCAGUGAUCUCCUCCUAACAGGGACUUUGUUUCUGCCCCAAACCAUCAUCCUAAAGGAUCUCUCUUCCCUUUGGGGAUAGAAGUGUGAUUUUUAAAAAUCCAGCCAUAAGGCAGCUAAUAUGUUUUGUUGUUUGAACAGGCUUUUCUUUUAAACUGUUGACAUAUCCACCAAGAAUUCAAAAUAGCUCCAGAUAAAAAAUACAGCUUCAGCCAAGUGUUGGUAAUUCCCUCACUGGAGAAGAGAAAGAGGAUAGAAGAAGGAUGUGUUUUUUAAGGCAGUUGUUGUAAAAUAAUAUCUGCUUCCUUGAAUUCCCAUAUUUUAUCUCUUGGAAUCUAUCACACUUGACUUUUUUGUAGUUUCUGAACAGAACGAUUAGUAAAAGACUUAAAGUUCUUUUAUUAAAUAUUAACAGACUCGUUUCCAUAAGUAGAAUGCAAAGAGCCAGCAGGAGUCUUAACCUAUCGUCCCUGGCUGAUAUUUUUUGGCAGCAAUGAGACCUUAAACAGCUACUCAUUCCUCCCUGAUUAUUCAUUUUCAUCAGUUUUUAUUGCAGCAGCCUGGGCCCUGGUGUAUUCAGCCUCUUCAGCUUGAUGCAUGUGCUUUAGGAUUAAUUCCACUCUGCUUUUCAGUUCUAAUGGUGGGGGGAAAAAGAGUGUUGCUAAUUGAAAAUGCUUUGAUAAAACCAGGAGAGAGGCACUGCCAGAUUCAGGCUGCCCAUCCUGAGUUCCCUGCAGGACUGCAAACACUCCAGCUGUGGCUGUGAGCUCCAGCUGUGCAGGGCAGAGCAGGAGCUGGAGCAUUUUCCCUGGUGCAAAAGGCUGAUUGAUCCUUGUGGCUUUGCCCAGUGCCCAGCAGUGCCACCCUGGGUGGGCUCAGGACCAGGGCAGGCAGCUCCACAGCCAGCCUGUGAUCCCAGGUGAUUCCCAUGGCAUGGAAAACCCUGUCCUGCCUCAGUCAGGAGUGCUGGGCUCACUGGCAAUGAUGGAAAUCAUCCCUUUGGAGACCAGCCUGCUUCUAGCAGCGCGUGAAAUCCCUGGCAAGCCUCAGAGGGGCCUGUUAAAGCUGCAUCUUAAAUUGUCGACUCCUCUGCUGUGGAGGGGGUCAGCUUUCUGCUGAGCUGAAUAUUUAUCCUGUCUGGGACCCUCCAAGGCAAGGGGACCAUGUGGAAUUUGCUGUGUUAUUUGAUGUCUUCACCUUCCAAGUUAAACCCUUUUUUCCCCCCUCUUUAUCCUGGAUUGAACUCCUGUGAGUGAAUCCAGAGCGAGUUUAAGAAAGCAGCACCACUGGUAAUUCUCUGGGUUUAUGAAUAAGAUGGUGUUCAAUAAAAUACUGGAGUACCUUUUGGACAGUUCCUGCUGAUUUCUAAUUGUAUAUUCAAUGAAUUGUUUCAGUCAGGUGGGACCCAUGGCAGAGAUGAAUUGCAUCAUUUUCUGUUUAUUGGAAGGAAACAGUUACAGAAUUGUGUUACAUUUCAAGAUGAAUUCUUGCCAACAGUUUAAGGAAUCUUUGUUCUGCAGGAAGCCUUGUUAUUGUGUGAUUAUCUUGAUAGCAAAUGAAAAUUCUUCACUGAAAAUAAAUGCAUAAUCUGGAGUACUGAGACACCAACCUGAGUCUCUACUCAGGUAUCUCCAACAAAGAUUUUGGUGUUCUGCAAAAGUACCAUAAUCACAACUUAUUUUUUCCUCUGUGCUUUUUCUAUGUGUUUUUAUAGGAAAUGCUUGGAAUUUUUUUUAAUAAGCCCUCCAUGUGCUGAAAAUAAACACUCCUUCUUCAGGAGCACAAGUUUCUUGUUGGGUACCCAUGGUAUGCAGGGUAAAACUGCCAGAAGGUGUCCAGAGUUUCCAGGAGAAUGCUGGUUUGGAGUGGUCUGGCAGGGCUCCUUUGAGAAUGGGAGUUGACUGCUGCCUCUUGAGCUGUGGAGUUUGGGCAGAUGGUCCAGAGUGUGCUGCACUGACAAAAAAAAAUGUUUUAGCCACAGCCUCUGCCUGUUUGAUGUCUCCCACUGCUGAGGGAUAUUUCUUCAUUCUGUAAGGGCCCUUCAAGGGCUCUGAUCCUAUAGAUCAAUCAUGUGCUGACUGAGUUUUAAGGCCUGGACUUUCAACUGAAAACCACAAGGAGCAUGGAAAUGCCUUGAAAUUAUGUCCUUUAGUGCAUUUCACUUGGUCACUGCAUGGUUUGGUCUGUUACCAAACAUACACAUAAAAAUCAUUUUAUCUGAAUAUCCAAAACCCAUCUUAUCUGAGUAUGAGACUUGCAUAUAGGAGGAGGUCACUGGAAGGUGACUGCCUGAUCCUGCACAGUGCAAAAACCACUGUGCUUUUAUUUCUAUCAAUAAUGAAAUCCCCAUUGAGGUAAUAUUGGAUUAGGUCAGCUUCCAGUGCUCUUGAAAUUCCCACUUCAUAAGCAUUUCCAAUAAUUAUUCCAUGCAAAGGCAGAAACAGGAGAUUGUUUUUUUUCUUCUUCAUGCAUUGAAAACGGAGCAAAAAGUCAAUCAGAGCUUUUCAGAGGUCUCUGGAGACUCCCUAAAUAGAAGAUAAGCACACAGUUACAUAAAUACAAACAAGAUAGCCUGAAGUUUAUAGCUCAGAUGCUGGUUAGUAUCUUGAAGAAUUACUUCCAAAUCAUUUAGAGGAAAAAAAUGGCAAAAAAUUUUACACAUGAAAAAAUCCCCUAUUUUUUUUCCUCCUAAAAUGCACCAAUAACUAAAGAAACCAUGUUAAAAAUAUGUGAAUUUUCCCUGGUGUCUAACUUAUUCUGACUUCUAGCUUUGUAUUCAAGUUCAUAUGCCUGGACCCCAGAGUUGUUAAAUGAUGUUAGGUCUUUAUUCUUUUGCUUCUCUUCUUUUGCUUUCUCUUUCUCUUGUACUGGGGUGAAAUUUGCUGUGUUCACAAGUUGUUUAAAUUUUCUCUGCACUACCUUGAAUUUUCCUCUGGCUCUAAAGCUAAAAAAUUAACAGAGAGACAAAAACCACUUCAGGUUUAUCAAUAUUUGUAUGCAGCAUUUUACAUCUUCCUGGUACUAAUUAUUCUAUUAAGUCAUAAUUAAAUGAAGUAGUGGAAACUACUACUCAUCCCAGAGUUUUGAAGUCUUUCUUCCUGUGGUGAUUUCUCUGUUAGGUGAAUGGAGAUUACUUCUAGCUCGGAUGUUGUGAGAAUUAAUUAAAUCAUACAUGGGAAUUAAAGUGAAAAAAACCCCAGAAAUUUUAUUAAGGUUAUCUGUUUUGAACAGUGUAAACAAGCAAACGAACUACCCUUUUUAUCUGAGUGAAUUUAUGCUUUUGUGUUGAAAUCCUCCCCCGUUGUUAGGAUAUACAAUAGGAAUAUUAUGUCCAGGGAACACCUGGAUUGCAGGAAAGGGGAAAGCUGUGCAUUUUUAAUGAGAAAAGAAAGUUUUCUCCUCUCUGUGCUCAGUUUAUAAACCACAUUCUCUGCUCUCUUUCACUGCUCUGACUCAGUGAAAUCAAUAGAAUUGUCUGGAUUUUAAAUAGUUGACUGUUCCCAAACCUGAGGGAACUCAUCCUAUGAAAAUUUUAAAUCAUUUUAAAGCACUGCCAGAUUAUGAUACCCUAGUAUCAUAAUUCUGUAGUCUAUUCUGUAAUCUACUAAUUCUUUUUUUUUCUGACAAGUAUGGACCUUGAGAAGUUUAUGCUGUUUGUUGGUUGCUUUUGUAAGGCAAAUAUCUCACUGCAUUUCAAACUUCUGCUGCAUGAAGGCGUCACAGGUUGAAAUCAAACCAUGAUCUGUGUCACAUCCUUGUUUCAUGGAAGUGAUCCAUGAGCUGCUCGAUCUGUCAGGUGUAUUGGAUGAGCCAAGUGAAAAUGGAAAAAGGAUUUUUCUACACUGGGGAGCUUCACCACUCACUGGCUGUAGCCAGGGAUUGGAUAUCCCCAAGUAAUUUGUUACUCAUGAUGGAUCUGGUGUCUGCAAGGGUUUCCACUCAUCAAAUAAUUUUGUUAGAGUAAAUUGAUGGAAGGGGAUGAACUUUUCCCCCUGCUUUUCAACUGCAAUUCUUCUUUUCUGAUAGUGUUUGCAGGGAAGAAAUCCUUCUUUCUUCUCUCUUGUUUUUUAAGAUGACAAUUUAUAUCUAAGCCAUUAUUCUACUCUCAAAUGCUGGUUUUCUUAAAAAAGUUGGUCUUAUGCUUUUUUUUCUGUGUUGUGCAGAAUAUUUCUUUUUCAUAACAGUACUUAUGUUUUCAGUGAUGAAAUCUCAACAGGUUAGCUUCCUCUUUAAAAACUGAAAGAUUUUCUGGCUUCCAUAAACCCCAGUUUAUGAAACUGUCAAGUAUUUUGGGUUUUAUCCUAAAUUAGUCACAUUUUGAAUCUUACACUCAUACUGAAUGAGGUGUCAAUAAAUUAGAAAUGAAUUUCCGAAACAGCUUUCAACUUCAGUAAAAAAAAAAGGAGUUUUCUCCUUAAUAAAGGCCAGUAACUGCCAUGGUGACACUGAUGCCUUAAAGAACCUAGAAAUAAAACAACACACUUUUGGGAUAAUGUUAGUAAAGGAGGUAAUAUCAAGGCUGGUCCUUAUUGGAAGCCUCCAGGGGCAGACAUGGAAAAUGUCCACAAAAUGUCCACACCCCUCUCACGGGGUGAAUACAGUUUUAUGCAUUUAGCAAAUGAUAAUUGACAAAAAUCACCAAUUAGAGACAUAAGUGGGGAGGCAAUUUCCCCCAGUUCAAUCUUCUCUGAAUCCUUCACCCUCCCCUUAGAUGGAAACUAAACUUUGUUUGUAAAAAUACAUCUUGAAAAGCUGGUCUCAGCCUUGGUUCCUAGGGAGAACCAAGAUAGGAUAGCUUGGAACUUGUUUUGUCUUUCUGGGCAGGGAAAAGUACUGGGGAAACUACCUAGAAUCCAAUAAUAGGCUGCAGAACUACAAAUAGAUGUGUAAAGAACACAGAGAGUAUAUAUAAAAGGAAAAAGGCAAAAAUCAGUUUGGCAUCAUUUCCCCCUGUUUUUAUAGACUAACAAGACUCUGCCUUGUCUAGUCUCUACUCCAUAUUUAACCACACCACUGUAUCAUACAGCCAGCUAUUAUUUAAAGAAUAAAUACAGAUAUAAGUAGUAUGUACAGUUCCUUUAAUUCAGGCCCCGUUCUGUAACCUUGAGGUGAGAGUGUCAAAUAUGUUCAAAGUUCAAAGAGCCUUUUGAAAGCCACCUGAUGUAGAAUUUGAGUUUGCUUUCAAAUUUCAGCCCAAUCCUUAAUAAUUCUUUCACUCUGAUCUACAUAAGAACAACAACUAGUGUUAAUGAUUUUGCAGCUAGUAGGAAAUUGAGAGUCAUUCUGUUUUGUAAAACUGUACCAGACAAAUCAUGGACUUCUUCUAGUAAGGCUGAAAAUGCAUCUGAAAUUUGCUUUUCAAUAUGUUCAAUAAUCCUCACUGUGAUCAAAUACUAUGUUUGGAAUUACACCCCCAUGGGCACAGGCCCAAUCUUUACCUAGGGGCAAAACUUACCAGACCUCAUUUUCACAUAUUCAGUACCACCCUGACAAGUUGUUCUUAUGAAGAGCUUUUGGAUAUUAUUUUGACUAAAACCACAAGCAAAUUUUGGGACCAAAUCUGAGCCAUAGUUGCCAACUGUGCAUAUAACAGGCACAAAAGAACAACUUAAAUCACAUGAUCUUGAUUUGCAUCAGUCUCUGUUUUCCAGUUGUUUCAGGAGAGGGGUCUCAGCUGUGGAGCAGUGGGUUCAGGGUUCCCUGGCAUGAAUGAGAGGACUUUGAGGGGUCCUCUCCACGUAGUUUGCAGGGGUCACUGUCCCACCAUUUCACACAGCCCCAGUCUCCAGACUGGAACAGAUGUGUCCACUCCUGUUGGUCUGGUAACAUCACGAAUCUCUGGACCUCCUGCAAAGUGGAACUUAAAGCUAACCCUAACCCCUAACCCUGACUCCAGAUAAUAAAACAAUUCUGCAUCAAUACAAGUAUUCUUUAUUUUCUUUUUAUGUCUCAUGGAAGUUACAAGGACUUCUAAACUUUUUUGUUUCUUACACGUACCAGACACCUGGCUUUAACCUGUGUUAAUGCUGUUUCCAUCUGGCUGUUUCCAGAGUAAAAAAAAGCAAACAAAGACACCAAGGAAGUGAAAGGUGCCUUGCUGUGAUGUUUUUCUAGAGCAGUACAUUGCUCUGAUAAUGAACUGUGAAAUGUAGCAUGUGGAUGAUGAUGAAUGUAAAAACAUGCAUGUGUUUUCAUUUGAAUGUUGUGUCCCUGAGAUGGAUUAUUAGUAUGAGCUCUGUAGUGUAAAAAUACUGAAAAGAGAAGAGAAAUGGAAAGGAGAUAGUUCUUCUUUCAGGUUUUGCAGUGAACCACAUCCCCUUUUGACUGUAUUUCUUUCUCAGACUCGGAUUUGGUAACGUGGUCCUUACCAUUAGAAUGGUAAUAAACAAACUGCUCUGUUCCUAAAGUUAAAUCUGCUUCUUUCCAGCACUGUAAGGGACAAUGUUUGUAUUUCCAGCACAUCUGAUUUGUUCCCAGGGACGGGCUCAGGGGGCUGCACUGGCUGGGGGAUCAGUCAGGCUCACUGGUGAUGCCAUGCCAUGUGUUUCCUGCCCUCAUCCCACAUCCUGCAUCCUGUAGUCUGUGCCUGUGCCAGAAGAUAAGUGACUGUGGUUUGUUACAUUUUGCUGCUUUUGGCUAGAAGCUCAAGUGCAAACUAAAACUCUUUGAAUUCCCUUCCACAGCCACAACUUGGGGAACUUUUGUGCUUGACCAGAACAGAAAUGGGCCAGGCAAAGAUUUUUCAAAGCUGUUAAUUUUGCAUUUACCUCACCGAGGUAUUUACAAGAAGUCAGUGAUUUCACAAGGCACCAAUAUUUGUUGUUGGAGUUGCAGCCAUCCUGGAUAUCUGCCCAGCCAGGGGACCAGGGAAUAUCACUGGGGUUAUCCCAACUCCCUGGGGUUUUAGGAACAGACUGUGUUGUGUGAAGGCAAGCAGCCCGGGAAGCACUGCUUGAAAGCUUCUGUUUGCUUCUCCCCGUAGUCCUGGCUGCCACCUUCCCUUCCCUACCCCUGUACACCUCAGAGCUGCUUCGAGGAGGGGCAGGGCCUCCCUGGGCAGUGCUCAGGGAGCAGUGCCUGGAUCAGACCAAACUUCAGUGGGUGUUGAGAUGGGGCUCAGUGUUUGGAUAAAACAAACUGAUCUGGGAUCAGUCUGUGGUUUACAGGAAUGCUGCUAUGCAAAGCCCUGGCAGGACAGACACAAGGUUUCUCCUGGCUCUUUAGGGACUGGGCACAGCUGGUGUUUUUGCUGUCACACACAGUAUUCCCAAAGGAGCCGUGUGAUGUGGGAUGUCAGUGUUAGCUGUUAAAUUCUAGUAUUUUUAUUUGCAUUCCUUCUUCUCUUGCCCAGUUUGUUGAAAAAAAUGUGAUGGUAAUGUGGUAGUUUGGUGUCUUGAGGUGAUUUUAAAGUAGAUAAGCAAACCGUUAUGCCUCUGAGAUUGCAUAAUUCCAUGAAUUUGUUUUACCUCCAGUGCCCAGCAUGUAAAACUCAUUGUCUCAUUUCUGAUGUGUGUGAGCCUCACAGGCUGGAUAUCAUGUCCAAAGGACAGGAGCACUUGGGUGAACAUCUCAAAUUAUUGGUUUUUUGGCACGCUCAGGGGCAAAGAUUCUUGUGUGGAGUGUGUUGAACAUCCCAAAGCGUGGUGUUGUUCUGAGUCUUGUGAUUAGGGCUUCGAUCUAAUUCACUCUCCAAUGUAGCAAAUGUUUGCUGUCAGCCAACACUAUUACGAGGACUAAGGGAAUCUCUUUCUUUGCCCUGCAAUAAUGUAUUUUCUAUGAUUAUGUCAGUAGAAUUUGUUCAUUUUUCAAGUACUGUGCAGUGCUUCUUUGAAGAAUGUCCCUUUUUCAGGUGGUUUCAUGGUGACCGUACCCCAAAAUGUCUAGAUGUCUCUCAAUAGCAAAAAUUGCUUUGUUAUUGAAUGUAUUAUUUAUUAACAGUAUCUUGUCUUUUUCUAGUUGCAUUUUACAAAAUGUGCCACAAGCAUCUUAUGUGAUUUUUAUAAGGGAAGUCUUAUUUAUAAUGUUUGUGCAAGUGGAUGGAAACAAAUAAUGAUUUUAUAGUAGCCCAUGCCUUUUUUCAUAGCUGCAGAGUCUUAAUGAGCAUGAUCAGAAGGGACAGGCUCAUUGUUUCAUUUAAUUUUCAUGACGUUUUUCAAAGGCAACUAUUAUGUUAUUCAUUAUUUGAAGUCAAUUACCUUAACAAAUAAAUAUCGCCAUUUUAAGAAAUGAAAA